UGGCGCGAGGCCGGCGCUCUCGCGGGAAUCGGCUGAGGCGUUGGGGCGGCCUGGCGGGCGUCCAAGAGAGGCGGCACGAUGGAGAAGCGGGGCCGGGGCGGGAAGCAGCCCUCGACGCCGGCGCCUCAGCAGCCGCCGAUGACGCCUCGCAAAGAGAGGAGGCCUAGCAUGUUCGAGAAGGAGGCAUACGCACAAAUUUUAAGAGAAAGACUGAGAGAAUCAAUUCAUGAUGUUCAGUACGUAGAGCCUCCAUUUGAUGACUCAAUUGCUGACAUAGGUAAAGAAUGGAAGAGUGCCCUGGCAAAACUAAAGUUUGCUAAUUCAUAUAGAAUGGAGCCACUGAAAAAAUUCCAGGCUCAUUCAGUGGAAACGAAAGUCCAGCAGAUAUUAAAGGAAAGUCUGAAAGAUGUCAAAUACGAUGACAAAGUCUUCUCUCAUCUGUCGCUUGAAUUAGCAGACCGCAUAUUGUUAGCGGUCAAAGAAUUUGGGUACCACCGUUAUAAGUUCAUUAUAAAAGUAUUAUUGAUUCAAAAGACGGGCCAGGCAAUCAACGUUGCCAGCAGAUGGAUCUGGGAUGUUGCCUGGGACAGCUGGGUUGCUGCGAAACAUGAAGCUGAAACUUACGUGGCAUUAGUCUUAGUAUUUGCUCUUUACUGUGAAUAGCUUGUUACAUGUACUAAAGAGUGUUUACUUCUCAACUUUUCAAAAAUACAUGAAAUUUAUAGAUUUGUGAACCUCAGUAGUUUUGAUCAGCUGUAUUUCUGUAUCUCCAAUUGAAGUUUCUUAAUUGUAGUCUUUUAAUAACAAAGUUGAAGCUAGAUUUUUACCUUUAGACUUACUAGUUAUAUUUAUUAACACUGUAUUACCCAGAGUAUAAAAAUAUGAGGUACAUGUAUAUGCCUUUUUCAUAUAUAUAUAUAUAUGAAUAUAUGAAUGCUUAUAGCGGAUUCUAACAUAGGGAAAUUAUUUAUCAUCGUAGUUAGAUUUAAGAAAAUUAGAAUUUGCUACAGGAUAUUAUGAUGCAAGCUUGUAAAAUGUCAAAUUAAGUAAACAUUAAGAUAGAUUUUUGGAACACUUCCAAAGGCAGAUAUUUUGAAUGGUAUAUUAAUAUAUUACAUGCAUUAUUUUGGAAGACAUUACCAAGUUUGAAAGAAAGAUGUUGGUAUAUUUAAUACUUCCCUAACACCUCUCUCUCCAAUCAAAACACUUGCAAGUGUGCAGUCUAUUUGUAAGUCCAUUAGUUAGGCUCUUUUUAGCUGCAAGAACCAAAAAACCUAACGUAAUUAUUUUUAAAAAAGAGAAAAUUGUAUUUCCCAGGCAUUUUGAUCAAGGAUCUGGGUUCUUUCUGUCUUCCUACCCUCCCCCAGACUUCUAUGUGCAUCUGCUUAACUGGGUAGCAUUUACCUGUGUUCCUGUCUCUACAUGGGGCAUGAUUCACUCCCUGGGCUAGGGCUGGAGUUCACCUUCCCUGAAGCAUACCGCCCUGUGGAGAGUGAAUUCCACUAUCAGUCCCGGCUCCUCCAGCAGGGAAGCAGGGGGUGGGUUUGGGGGAGGCAACCAGGUGUCUGUGAAAA